GCAGCUGUUGAGCUGCAGUUGAAACACAGCAGCAACAUUUCAUCCAAUCGUCGACCUCUGCUGCUGUAUGGUUGCCGCGCCCCCAUCCUGUCCGCCAUUACCAUGGCCAAGAAGGCGCGCCAGAGGAUAAGCUAUGUCCUCGAGCUCCCCAAUUCCUCGCCUGGCGGUCAUCGUCUCGGUGUCAAUGGCCUGGCCAUCGAUCGUGACAAUGCUAUCCUCUACUCUGGUGGCCGAGACGGUGUCAUUUGUGCAUGGGACUUGAACCGUCCUGGUGCCGCUGUGCAUGGAGGUGGCCACUCUGCCGUUGUGGACGACACCGUCCGCGCCAACGGCGACACCAAGUCCAUCACCCGGUUCCGCGCGCAGACCCAGGCACACACACAUUGGAUCAAUGACAUCACCCUUGCCCAGCAGCACACGGCCCUGGUCUCGGCAUCCUCGGACUUGCUGGUCAAAGUCUGGCGGCCGCUGGCCAGCGACGCGAACGAGCCCGCCACCAUCGGCCAGCAUGCUGACUACGUCAGGUGCGUGGCAACGCCGAGCCAGUCCGCCAACUGGGUGGCUUCCGGAGGGCUGGACCGAAAACUGUACCUGUGGGACCUGUCAGGCGCCGGCAAGACCCUUGAGAUUGACGUCCAGGGCGAGGAGGUGUCGCAGAAGGGCAGCGUGUACGCGCUCGGCGCCACCCACGACAUCCUGGCCAACGGCGGCCCCGAGAGCAUCGUGCGGCUGUGGGAUCCGAAGUCGGGCCAGCGCAUCACCAAGUUUGUGGGCCACACCGACAUGAUCCGCGCCAUCCUGAUCAGCGAGUCGGGCGACAUGGUGCUGUCGGCGAGCGCCGACCAGACCGUCAAGGUCUGGAGCGUCACCGCCGGCCGCUGCAUGCACACCCUUACCAUGCACGACCACAGCGUCUGGGCCCUGUUCUCGGACGACCCGAGGCUCGAAGUCUUCUACAGCAGCGACCUGUCGGGCCUGGUGGUCAAGACGGACGUUCGCGGCACCAUGGGCGACCUGGACAACGGCUUGUCCGUGGCGGUUGCGAAGGAGAACGAGGGCGUGAGCAAGCUAGUGGCCUGGGACGGCAGUAUCUGGACGGCGACGGCUCGCGCGUCCAUAAACCGGUGGAAGGACGUGGACACUAGCAGCAGCGUGCAGCUCCCCGACGCGUACAAGCAGCACAGGGCAUCGUUGGUGACGGUCCGUAGCAGGGAAAGUGCAGCACAGCCUGUUCCGUCGCCGCCUGCUGCAGCAAGCGAGCCUGCUAAGCCGACAAUUCCCGCAAGAUCCAUCCUGCGGAUAUCCAACACCGCGUCCUUCCCGCUGGUUAUUGGCCGGGACAACGACGAGCCGUUUCCGGGCCUGUCGCGGAAGGGAUCGGAGCCGGCCACGGAGCCUGUGGCUCUCCUUGUUGAGCCGGUCCACCAAUUGCCCGAGGAGACCAUCGAGGGGCAGUUUGGGCUUGUGAAGCACAGGCUUCUGAAUGACAGGAGGCGGGUCCUGACCUUGGACACUGCUGGAGACGUCUUGCUGUGGGACUUGAUUCAGUGCCGGCCUGUUAAGAGCUUCGGAAAGCGGCAUCUUGAAGACGUGGAACCCGAAGUCAACACUCGGGAGGCCGUGGCGCCCUGGUGUUCGAUCGACAUCAGUUCAGGCAACCUGACCGUCGUGCUGGAGCCGUACAACUGCUUCGACGCCGAGAUGUACGCCGAUGAGCUGGCUCUGGACGAGCCUGUGGAGUUUAGAGAAGACCAGAGAAUCAAUCUCGGCAAGUGGAUUCUCAGAUACCUCUUUGCCAAUCUCAUCGACGAGGAAAUCCGGCGCGACGAAGCCUUCAGGCAGAAGCUCAACGAAGGCACAGCAAAGAGGGUUGCGUCAGGAAGAGCGGCACCGCCAUUGGCGAUCACAAUUCCGCCGCAACCGGGCUCGGGCCCCUCAGACUUGUCUUCCGCAACACCUCGACCCGGCGGAGCGCACCCGCUCAUGACGCCCGGGUUGGCGAUAGGGAUGGGGACUCCUGGCUCGCCAACACCGCCGGCGCCGGAGGCACUUACAUCCCCUCUGAGCCCGCCAGAUAAGCGACUAUCGCAAGUCAGCCGGCCGUCGCAGGAAAGAGAAGACUACUUCUCCGAUGCGAUCCAGAGCCCAGACGGAGCCCAGGGCGCCAAACCAGCUCAGACCCCAGCUGCUGAGGUCCCGCCCACGGACGAAAAAGCGGCCAAGGCACCGGGCGAGAACGGCAAGGAAAAGGACAAGGAUGCGAAAGAGAAGGACAAGGACAAGGAUAAGGAGAAGGACAAGGACAAAGAGAACGCAAAGUCGCCGGGCACGACUUUCGGCAAGAAGCUCCGCAUGGGCAUGUCCUUCGGCACCAAAAAGCUGGGGCGGUCCAUGUCGGCAGCGGCGGCCGAGAAGCCGGCCGUGCUGGACGAGAAAGCCGAGGAGUCCGAGUCCUCAUCGAGCCACGAGAAGGAGUUCGACGAUUCCUUCCUGGGCGUGAUCCAGAAGAUGCGCAGCGAGUACGAGAAGCAGCAGGCCGAGGCGCCGGGCCGGCCGGUCGAGACCAAGCUGGCGCCCAGCCUGGCCAACGACACGCCGGUGCUGAAGCUGCCGGCCGGCACCAAGGUCAUCAUCCAGGAGGAGACGUCGGGCGGCUCGGCCGAGAUCUACCGCGGCACGGUGGCGUCGGUCGGCGCGGACGCCGACGUCAUCGAGGAGCGCGCGCCGCAGUGGCUCGGCGAGGUCCUGCUGCUCAACACGCUGCCGCCCAAGGACCCCGUCAAGAUCUCCUUCGUGCUGUACCCCUGGCGGGACACGCUGCCGCCCAUCGUGUCGGCCGACGGCAACAACCGGCUGAAUGCUAACCGCAUGCUGCGGGUCAAGAAGAUCCUGGCCUACGUCGCCGAGCGGAUCGACCCGGUGCCCGAGGGCAAGGAGCCCGAUCCGGAGGCGCUGCGGCCCGAGGAGUAUCUGGAGCUGUAUUGCAAUGACCAGGUGAGUUCCUCUCCUUCUGUUCCAAGUAUGUUACUAUCCGGCGGAGUUUUUACGAGCUGAUGACGGCCUCCAGCUUCUGCCGAUCAAGAUGACGCUGGCGACUCUGCGGACCCAUGUCUGGCGGGGCGGUAACGACAUCGUUCUCCAUUACAAGGCGAACGGGAGGAAGGAGAUCCCGAUGCCCGCUGCUAAGGUCGAAGAGGAGGGAGGCGCAGCUGCGUCGGACGCGGCCGGGGAAACCGCAUAGUGUACGGUUCUCUGAGUCGUGGACGC